AUGGGAACGCUGGAUGAAAACAAUCAACAAAUUCAUAAAUUGAAAAAUCCUUUGAUAGAAAAACUUUAUAACGAUGAACUUCGACCGAUCUGGACUGACAAUAAAUAUUAUAGUCCAGAAGUAUCGGAAACAGAUGAUGAAAAUCCUAAUAAGCGAAAGAUCGUCAUCCGAGAUCUUAAAUGGAGAUCUUUAACAUUACGCAUCUUUUUGCGAGAAUUUAUAGAUAACAACUUUAACCUGAUACGUAGAAUAAGAAAAUGGGUGUAUAGUAAUGACAAAUUCACACCUGAUGAAGAAGAAGCACCCGUUAAUGCUCCUAGUUGGACAAAAAACGGAUAUAAUGGAUCUCUGAAAUCAUUUGCAGAGAGAUAUAUUAGUAUUCACUACUCUCUGUCUUCUUUUAGGAAUAAUAAUAUCAGAGAAAAAGAUGUUGAUGAUAACAUUUAUAUUAAUGAAGCGGAAGAUGAGAAGGGAGAUAAAGAGGAUGAGGAGAGAAAUGAGGAGGAAGACGAGGAGGAGGAUGAUAAUGUUGACGAUGAAGAAAAAAGAUUCCAAAGAUCUAGAAGCCUAGUAUCAGGAGAGUAUAAUAGUUAUGAGGACUAUUAG